GUUGCUUAUAUAUUUUUUGGCGAUUUUAUGAAGUCAAUUGAACACACCGCUCAAUUCCUUGAGAAGAUGAUAAAUUCAGAUAAAUCUGAAAAUGAUUCUCCAGGAAAUUCAAGUCGCUCUGAAGAUUUUGAUAAAUUGAAAAAUGUUAAUGAUUCUGAUUUAAUUGUAGCACCGAUUUCCGAAGAAACAAGUGAGGUGUACAUACCGGUGGAGAAUGAGCAAAAAAAAUGUAAUGACAGAUUUGAUGUGUGCUCAGUUUCGUCAGUCAAUGGAAAGCCGGAAAAAUGUUGCCAAAAUUACACUUGCGUACCAAUAGGAUCAGGCAGUGGAUUUUGUUUGUGA